AUGACUGCAGUGCUGCCCCUCAUCCUGAUCUUGAUCGUGAUCACGGCGCUGUUCCUGAUCGUGACGCUGGCUUCGAGGGUACAGCUAUUGAUACGGAUGAUGGUGCUGCUCCUCAUGACUGCCCCGCUGUGCCUGCUUGCAGUGGCGAGGUGGACGUUGUUCCCCAUUGUGGAGCUGCUCCGGUUCCCGACCGAGCCGCUGGCCAUGGAGGUCAAAUUCUCGCUGAUCGCCAAGACCGCGAGCAGUACAAGUCAUUUUGGCUUAACGCCCAUCGGGCUGGAGCGCAAGUUCCUCGUGGCUUUGGGCGCCGAUCCUGUCGCAGUCGCCCCCGCCCAGGAGGCCUUCCGUGCUAUUCGCGAUGGGGUGCGGAAGGCGGAGAUGGAGGACUCCGAUCAUGAGUAG